AUGGUACCUGAUAAGAAAUGGAUGCAACUUAUUCAUAAUAGACUUGAUGAUGCUUAUAUACAUGGGGUGGAAAUCUUUCUGAAUUAUACUUUUACAAGAUUGAGGGAAGCGAAUGAAAUAAGAUGCCCAUGUGUCAAAUGUUGUAAUGCAGUGUCUCGAACACGAGAGAUUGUUAGAUCACAUUUAAUAGUACAUGGAAUAAUUCAAAAUUAUACCUUUUGGUAUCACCAUGGAGAGACGAUAGGUGAGACAGAAGAACCAGAUUCCCAAUCUGUAAAUGAUGAUGAUAAAAUUGGCGAGGAUCAUGAGGAGGAUGAAAUACAUGACAUUCUCACAGAUUUACAUCCUUUUUAUAAUGUAGAUAAUAUGAAUAUUGGCGAUGAUGAUGUUCUCGAGGAGGAACCAAAUCCUGAAGCAAAAAGAUUUUAUAGUCUUUUAAAGGAUUUUGAUCAGCCCCUGUACGAAGAUUCAAAACUUUCAAAACUUUCUACAUUGGUGAAAUUGUUUCAUAUUAAAAGUACUGGUCGUUGGAGUAAUAACUCAUUUAAUAUGUUAUUGAAGAUGUUAAAGAAAGAUUUGUUGCCUGAUAAAUCAAACUUGCCAGAUUCAUAUUACGAAGCAAGGAAGCUAAUUAAAAGCCUAGGGCUUUCAUAUGAUCGGAUUGAUGCAUGUAGGAAUAAUUGCAUGCUAUAUUGGAAGAAUGAAAAGUUUGUUGAUUCUUGCAAAAUUUGUGGUGCAUCUAGAUGGAAGGAGGAUAAACAUAAUGGGGAAUCUAAAAUUAAAAAGGGGAAAAAGAUACCAUACAAGAUCUUACGCUAUUUUCCUUUAAAGACAAGACUUCAAAGAUUGUUUAUGUCCUCAAAAACAUCUCCUUUAAUGGGAUGGCAUCAUGAAAACAAAGCUAAUGAUGGAAUUAUGAGGCACCCGGUCGAUUCAAAAGCAUGGAAAAAGUUUGAUGAACUUCAUCAAUCAUUUGCUGUGGAGCCUCGUAAUGUUAGACUUGGACUUGCUAGUGAUGGUUUUCAACCAUUUGGCUGUUCUAGAACUCCGUAUAGUAUUUGGCCUGUGGUACUUAUUCCUUAUAACUUACCACCAUGGUUAUGCAUGAAGCAAGAAAAUUUUAUUUUGUCAAUGCUUAUUCCCGGUCCUGGAAGUCCCGAAGAUGCAAUUGAUGUUUAUCUCCAACCUUUGAUUGAUGAAUUAAAAGAAUUAUGGGAAACUGGAGUUUGUACCUUUGAUGCGUCCACUAAACGGAAUUUCACGCUGCAUGCUACUUUAUUAUGGACCAUUAAUGACUUUCCAGCGUAUGGAAAUUUAUCUGGUUGGAGUACAAAAGGAAAGUUGGCUUGCCCAUGUUGUAAUAGAGAAACUUUCUCAAAAAGAUUGACAAAUGGUAAAAAACAGUGUUAUAUGGGUCAUAGACGCUUUCUUCCCCUUAAUCACAAAUGGAGGAAUGAUAAGAAGUCAUUUGAUGGUACUGCAGAGUGGGGAUUACCUCCAAAUACAUUAUCUGGUGAGGACAUACUUGAUCAAGUGGCUGAUUUAGAUGGGUUACCUCUAACAAAUGAUCAAAAGAAGAAGAUUAAAGUAUCACAUGAUAGUAGAGGUGAUAAUUGGAAUAAGAAGAGUAUAUUUUUUUACUUUCCAUAUUGGAAAACUCUGUUGUUGCGGCAUAAUUUAGAUGUGAUGCACAUUGAGAAGAAUAUAUGUGAUAAUAUUUUGGGAACAAUCUUAAAUAUCAAAGGCAAAACAAAAGACACCUUGAGUAGUCGUUUGGAUUUGCAAGAAUUGAAGAUCAUGAAAGAAUUACAUCCAAAAAGAAAUGGAGAAAAAUAUGACUUACCGACAACAUGUUUCACAUUAUCUCCUGAAGAGAAGCACAAGUUUUUAAGUUUUUUGAUGGAUUUAAAGGUUCCAGAUGGAUUUUCAUCAAAUAUUUCUCACUGUAUCAAUAUGAAAGAUCACAAAAUCUCAGGAUUAAAAAGUCAUGAUUGCCAUGUUCUUCUUCAACAUUUAAUCCCACUUGCCAUACGUAGUAUGCUAUGCAUUGAAGUGCGUGAGCCGCUAAUUGAGUUGUUAUUGUUUUUCAAUCUGCUUGGAGCAAAGUGCUUAAAACUUGAGGAGUUGGAACAAAUAGAAGCACAAAUUCCUGAAACUCUAUGCAAGUUAGAAAAGGUUUUCAUUCCUGCAUUUUUUGAUGUCAUGGAGCACUUGCCAAUUCAUUUAGCUAAUGAGACUAUGAUUGGUGGACCUGUUCAAUACCGAUCAAUGUAUCCAGUGGAGCGAUGGUUAUAUUUUUUGAAGCUUUUUAUUCGUAAUAGAUCUUGCGUUGAAGGAUCUAUUGCAGAGGGAUAUAUAGCUAAUGAAUUUACAACCUUAUGUUCAAGGUAUUUGCAUACAAUGGAAACAAAAUUUAAUCUCCUUGAACGAAACUAUGAUGGGGGUGCUAUAGAAUCUGAUGGAGGUUUAAUGAUUUUCUGUCAACCUGGAAAAGCUUUAAAAGGUGGCAAGACACAACUACUUAAUUUAAAAGAAUUAGAGCAAGCCCAUAUUUAUAUUUUGAAGAAUUGUGAUGAAGUUCAACCAUUUCUUGAGUAA